AUGGGCAAAGAAUUGGCUGAACAAAAGCUAGCAAACACUAAAAUAAACCUUUUAGAUUCUAAAACCACCAAAAUUCCAGAGAAAUUGCCAAAGGAAGAGACAGUAAUUUCACCUCAUUUACAAUCCUCACAUUGUACUAUACCACAUCCUGGACAUCCACUCAUCCAAUAUGCAUUAAUGAUAGAUGCGGGUUCUACAGGAUCUCGGAUUCAUGUUUAUAAGUUUAACUAUUGUAAAUCAGCACCAGAAUUAGAGGAUGAAGUGUUUGCCCAAAUCGAACCUGGCCUUUCUGCAUAUGUUAAUAAUCCUAAGAAAGCAGCAAGAAGCUUGGAUGGAUUAUUGAAAGUUGCACUUGAAAAUGUUCCCAAAGAGUUACAUGAUUGUACACCAGUGGCAGUUAAAGCUACUGCUGGUUUACGUUUGUUAGGAGCUGGAAAAAGUGAACGUAUAUUAGAAGCCGUCAGAAAUCAUUUAGAAAAGAAAUAUCCUUUUCCAAUUGAAAAAGAUGGAGUGGUAAUUAUGGAUGGUAAAGAUGAAGGUAUUUAUGGGUGGAUUACAGUUAAUUACUUAUUAAAUAAAGUUGGCUCGCCAAAAAAAUUACCUACAGUUGCAACUCUUGACCUUGGAGGUGCUUCAACUGAAAUAGUUUUUGAGCCUGAAACAACAGAUGAUUUUGAAGUGCCAGCUGGAGAACAUAGAUAUGAAUUACAGUAUGGCGGACAUAAAUAUAUUUUAUACCAACACUCUUAUUUACAUUAUGGAUUGAUGGAGGCAAGAAGGGAAAUUAAAAAUUUCACGGCAAAUUUAUGGCAUGAAAACAUUGUUGGCGAUAAGGAAUAUGAUAAACAUCUUAUUCCACAUCCCUGUUUACCUGUAAAUUAUACUGAGCUAUGGGGAACUAAUUUUGGUGGUUCGGUUAAAAUUAUUGGUACAGGUGGUGGUCAUGCUCAAUGUAGAUUUAUAGCAGAACAAAUACUUAACAAACAUAAAAAAUGUUCAUUAUCGCCAUGUUCUUUCAAUGGUAUAUAUCAGCCAUCACUUACUGAAACAUUUCCAAUGCAUGAUAUUUAUGCUUUUUCAUAUUUCUAUGACCGUAUAAGUCCAUUGGGAACUCCAUCAGAAUUUACUUUAAAAGAACUUCGUGAUCUCACUGAUCAAGUUUGUUCAGGAAAUUAUGGUAAAUUUUCUCAUUUACCAGAAGCUAUGAAGGAACUUCAAAAGGAUCCACAUUAUUGUAUGGAUUUAACAUUUAUUUAUGAGCUUUUACAUACUGGUUAUGAAAUGCCUUUAGAAAGAGAAAUAAAGAUUGCCAAAAAAAUAAUAGGAAUAGAGGCUGGAUGGUGUCUUGGAGCAGCAAUAGCAACUCUAGAUCAAGAUUUUAGAUGUAAAGAAAUCUAG